GCGUGUUUACAAGAUGGCAGCGUCCAGGAGAACCGAAGUGCUGCGUCUCUAUCGGGCCUUGCUGCGAGAAAGCCAGGCUUUCAACGCCUACGGCUAUAGGACAUAUGCCAUCAGAAAAAUAAGAGAUGCCUUUAGAGAAAACAAAAACAUCAAGGAAUCAUCAGAAAUAGAUACACUAAUCAACAAAGCAAAAACUAAUCUGGAAAUGAUACACCGGCAGGUUUUCAACACAACCAAUUCUGAAGGGAACAUGGAGUUGACAAAUUUGUCUGUAUGAUUGUCUGGGACUGAGAAGGUCACUAUUGGUCAAUUGUAUACAGCAGAGAAGCUUGUUAUUGAGUGCCCACAAAAAGCAUAAUUCUGAUGCUUUUUUCCUUCAGAAGUAAAGGACAACUACUGACCAUUCCCAGCAUUCUACAACAGGCACAGAUUUACAUUUAAAUGCAUAUUACCAUCUGUAUAUAUAUGGCUCAGCUAUCUUAUUCCUCUGAUUUGAAAACGUAAGAAUGAUUGUAUAAAGUAUAGUUUUAUUAGAAUUUUUAUUAUUUACGUGCCAAUAAAAUGGAUUUGUUUCAUUGUACAUGAAUGUCAUUGUUUGCUCAUACGUUUUCCUGACAAUAAAAUAUUUGCUCACUUC